UCGUCAGUCCGUCUGCCGGAUUCACGGCGGAGCGCUGCUGGGCUCGACAACGCGCGCCGCGGUGAAUGCCGGGACCUGCGGUAUUCGCAAUUAAGUCACGAUACUUGCAAUUAAGUUAAUUCAAGCGUGUAUAAUGGCCGGCUCGAGAGAGAAUAUCCGCCGAGUUAUGAGAGAGCGCGAUUGAAACUCGAGAGUUACGUGUACCAUGUAUCGCUCAGAGUCUACGUCGAGGUGUGCGUGUGUGUGUGUGUGUUCCGUCUUGAAAAACUGUAAACACAACACACGCUAGACCCGGCAGCGAAAAAGUCGAGCGGAGUCGGCGGGGCGGCAGGUAGAGAGCGGACUCGCCGUUUCGUAAUCGUUUAAAUGCCGUAUUGACCCACCGGUGCCGCGUUUAAAGUCAUUUGAAUGCGGGGAAACCGACUGUGAGAAUGUCUCUCUCCCGAGCUGAUCGCGCGCCCAAAGUCAGCUGAACUCGGAGGGGGCCAGCUUUGCGGUCUCGAGAACUCGGGGAGAAGUUCUCAUUUGUCCUCCGGCUGUCCCGUCGAAGCGGCGCGAAGUUUAUCGCGGUUCCUUUCGGCUUGCGGUAAAGUACUGUUUCUAAGAAACGCCUCGCGCCAUGGUAGUAGCAUUAGUGGCACAGGCCAUUGUUCCCGGCUGCAGUUUUAGAGGAAAACUUGCGAGAGGACUUUGUCCCGGGAAACGCGUCCCCUUGAGCGGGCGCCUCGGACACCGCUUUUCCGACGGCACUUAUCGCGGAUACCCAUCGGUCGGCGGUCGUGAUUCGCAGAAAACAAAAGGUGCGUCGAGCGACGUGCAGGCUAUGGACGUGUCGAGGAACUCGAUAUCCGAAUUGGACGAUUACGAAUUAGCGAAUAUAGGACUGUCGGAGCUCAUAUACUUAAAUCUCUCAGCGAACACAAUCAGCGACAUCGGCAUGCACGCUUUUGAUGGAUUAUCCGAAUUAGCAGUUCUGGAUCUGUCGCAAAAUCACCUUCACUAUCUCCUCCCGAAGACUUUUGUGCCGGCAAAGAGUUUGCGGAUUCUCCAACUGUCAAAGAACAAUUUCAAUUCUCGCGUGCCGAAGUUACAGAGUCCUUCGAUCACGAAUCUGGCUCUGGACUCGUGUCAAAUUAGCCAUGUUCCAGCGGACACGUUCGAUGGGCUUUCGCAUCUUCAUACCCUUGAUCUUUCGAAUAACUUGAUGAUUCAGUUGGACAGCGCUGUAUUGCAACCAUUGAAAUUAACAGAAAUAUCGAUAGAAGGAAACCCAUGGUCCUGCGACAAACUGAUGCACGAUCUGGAACUGUAUCUGACGAGCAAUAACAUAGAACACAGUGCGGUGUGCGUCAAAAUCCCAGGACCGAAGAAAUUCGAGAAGAUGAUACUCUACGAUCCACAGAAGAAAUGCGAGAAGUGUCGACCGCCGAAAAUUGCCAACAAAAACAUGAAGAAAGACACGCUAACGCCAAAUAAAAAUUGUACACCUAUGCCGGCCAUCGGAAACACGACCGUUUGCGUUAACAACACGACGGAGGAGUCGGAUUUAACGAGAACGCUAAACGCCAUCUCGCCGUAUUGGUUCUUCGCGUUCGGAUUUGUACUCGGUAGCGCGUGCGGUACGUUCGCGUGUUACAUUUGGCUAACGAGGAGUGUAACGUGCUGCCGCGGAUAUCGCGAGCGAAGGAGCAACGACAUUCAGAGAGUCUCGUUACUGCAGAAUCUAUGGCAAUUUGACGAUUCUACCUUCAACGACAGUGGGACAAUAUCUUGCCCGGGCACUCCGCCGCCGCCGUAUCGUGAAGUUAUGCUGCGGCCGGGACUUUAUCGUCCCUCGAGUAGAGCAUGCAAUAACGCCGCUACAAGUCGCACAGGACGUAUUUAGGUAAUUUAUUAUUUUUAGAUAAGUGAUUUUUCAAGCUGUUGCCGAUCCGUUCCUUGAAAUUUCGCACACGUAUAGAUGCGGAC